GUGCAUAUGCUCUCAGUGUACAUAAAAGAAAAGAUACGUUCAUCAAGGUACAACAUUUGCAACACAAUUGAUGGUCAAUAUAUCAAUAUAAAUCAUAAGGAUUGCCAGCAACAAAGUUUAGGGCCCAGAUAAGAAAUUUACCUUCCCUCCCCUUCUUGUCACUUAUUUAUUUUAUAUAGCAGAAUUUGCCUUCAAGCUUUAUUUCGGAAGAGGAAUAUUCAUGGGUGGAGCAUAGUUUAUUCCACAAAUUUAAUAACAAAUUUGGAGGGCCAAUGGAGAGUCCUUAUCAAAACAAGAUUGGGUACAAAACAGAAAUUAAAUAAUACUGUACAGGUUGCUUAACUGCCCAGGUACUUGAAAGAGAACUUUGGAAGGAAUAUUUUUAUAUUACUUCCUUUUAAACAGGUUUAAAAUAUAGAUUGUCUCUACUGUACAUGUUAAGGAAUUUCAGCACGCAUUCAGUUAACCGAGUUCGCAAUGGUAUUUGAAGACAUUUUGACCUUAACAUCUGGAAAGUAGCAGGUUAGGAAACUUGCAUUUACAGUCAAUAUUUUCUUAGUCUUAACACAAUAGGACAAAUGGCAUACAAAUAUUUGUUUUUCGCCUAUUUUAUCCUUAAAAUUAGUAGCAUAGAUACUGUACGUAUCUUUACAACAAUGAUAGACCAGUGUAAAUGAAAAUUACAAGCAUUUAGCAAUAAUAAAAUAUAUAAGAUACAAAUAAUAGCUAAAAUUUAGGAUUAUAAGAAUGUAAUAUAAAACACUAUUUUAAAUUAAUAAUUCUUAUCAUUCGUUAAUACUGUUGAAAAAGUAAGAAUAUAAAACAGAAUAAAGCCAGUUUGGAUGUAGUGUUAAGGCACUAGAGAGAUUGUAAAUUCAGGUCCCACCCAAAGCCAGCUAGAUGACCUUGGGCCAGUCCCUUUCUCUCAGCCCUAGGAAGGAGACAAUGGCAAACGCCUUGUGAAAAACCAUGCCAAGAAAACUGUAGGGACUAGUCCAGGCAGCCACUUGGAGUAGGGGCGUGCAUAAGUACACAAAAGUGCCUAUCAUUCCUGUCCUAUUGUUUUCUUUCAUUAUAUGUGUUUAUAUAUAAUGUUGUGACAAAGUAAAUAAAAAAAUAAUAUAAGAGCAAAAGGAUAAAAUGUGCAAUAGUAACCCACGGUCACCCAGUGAUCUUCAAGCUGAGUUAGGAGGCUGCAAGCUUACAUAUAUAUACAUCAUAAUUUUGGAACUGGGAUCAUAGCACCCUAAAUGAUGGUUUAUUGAAUAAAAGACGUACUACGAGGACUCCCAGGUACUACAGACCAGAGUAUAGCGGACCUCCCACAGCAAACCAGGUUUGCACGUAGUUUGCUAGGCCCGCUGCAGCCCAAAUCCCCGGGGAUUAGAAUAGAAUAGAAUAGAAUUUUUUUUUUAUUGGCCAAGUGUGAUUGGACACACAAGGAAUUUGUCUUGGUGCAUAUGCUCUCAGUGUACAUAAAAGAAAAGAUACGUUCAUCAAGGUACAACAUUUACAACACAAUUGAUGGUCAAUAUAUCAAUAUAAAUCAUAAGGAUUGCCAGCAACAAGUUAUAGUCAUACAGUCAUAAAUGGAAAGAGAUUGGUGAUGAGUGAUCGUUUAGGAGCCUAAACGAACGCGGGUCUGAUGCUGCGGAGCCCAUCCCGCGCAUUAUUCCAUGCAUCCAAAACGGAUGGUUCAAGUUCCCCCAUGACCGGCGGGCGCAGCCGAUGUGCCUUUCCGAUCCUGUCUUUGAUUGCGCUCCAGCCAGCCGGGCGCGGCCGCUCCCGACCCCUCCGCCCUUCCCAGGCCGCCUAUUUAAGGGUCGAGGCCGACGGCGCCAGACUCCCUCCUGGGAACUCCCAUGCGCACCAACUCGCCGCCGGGAACGGGUCCCCUUUUGUCUCCCCGCCCCGCCGGAGCUUGUGCUUCCGGACCGGGCGGGGAGAGGCCACGAGCAGGUUCCGCUUCUCCCAGGGCCGAUGCGGGCGGCGGAGCUUCCGCUGCGUCCAGGGGAAAAAUGAAUUACAUGCCGGGCACGGCCAGCCUCAUCCAAGAUAUCGACAAGAAACACUUGGUCCUCCUUAGAGAUGGCAGAACACUGAUUGGAUAUUUACGCAGCAUUGAUCAGUUUGCAAAUCUGGUUUUGCACCAAACAGUGGAGCGCAUUCAUGUGGGCAAAAAGUAUGGUGACAUCCCUCGUGGCAUCUUCGUAGUCAGAGGCGAGAAUGUUGUACUCCUGGGAGAAAUUGACCUGGAAAAGGAAAGUGACACCCCUUUGCAGCAAGUCUCGAUAGAGGAAAUCUUGGAAGUUCAACGGGUAGAGCAGCAAACGAAGCAAGAAUCGGACAAGUUAAAAAUGCAAGCGCUGAAGGAGCGGGGCCUCUCCAUUCCAAGGGCUGAUACAUUAGACGAAUACUAAGUAUUUACCUGAACUGUCUCUCAAACAUUGAGGAGACUGUCUACUGAAGUGCCCAAGUGAUGGACAACUAUUUUUUUUAUUAUUAUUUCAGAUUCCUUCCCCUCCCAACCCCCUGGUGCAGAAAACAGUUGGAUCACCAUGAUGUAAACUGUAGUUCUUCCCAUUUCACGUAAAAUCAUUAUUUUUGAAGAUUAAAUAUAAUCCAGCAUGACGAAGCAAUUGUAAAAGAGAAGACUGGUUUCGGAUAUUUUGUUUUUGUUUUUUUAAUACAGGGAUGACUUCUGGAAAAAAUGGGGAAGUAACCCUCUCUAACCCGUAAAUAAAAGGUGAUUGUAAACACUGCUGUAAGCUAAGAUGCAAGU